AUGGCGUCAGCUGAUACUGCCACGAAGUCAGAAAACGCCCCCGCUCACCACCGCAAGCGGAUCGUGGUGGCCAUGACUGGGGCCACCGGCGCUAUUCUCGGCAUCAAAGUGCUGAUUGCUCUGCGCAAGCUGAAUAUCGAAACUCAUCUCGUAAUGAGCAAAUGGGCCGAGGCGACAAUCAAAUACGAAACCGACUAUCACGCUUCAAAUGUCAAGGCCCUCGCCGAUCACGUCCACAACAUCAACGAUAUGGCUGCACCCAUAGCGAGUGGUUCCUUCAAGGCUGAUGGCAUGAUCAUCGUACCUUGCAGCAUGAAAACCCUGGCAGCUGUCCACAGUGGCUUCUGUGACGACCUAAUCUCCCGCACUGCCGACGUGAUGCUGAAGGAACGACGUCGGCUUGUCCUCGUGGCCCGCGAGACCCCCUUGAGCGAUAUUCACCUGCGCAACAUGCUCGAAGUCUCUCGCGCCGGAGCGGUCAUUUUCCCGCCUGUUCCCGCCUACUACAUUCGAGCCGCCUCAGUGGAAGAAUUGGUUGACCAGAGCGUGGGUCGAAUGUUGGAUUUAUUCGACUUGGACACCGGAGAAUUUGAGCGCUGGGAAGGCUGGCAGAAACCUUAG